AUGGCGGUAAAUCGCAUUCGCGGCGCCUUCGCCGUGCCUCGAAAGGGCGAAACCUUUGAGCUGCGCGCUGGCUUGGUUUCUCAGUAUGCGUACGAGCGCAAGGAGUCGAUUCAGAAGACCAUCAUGGCCAUGACGUUGGGCAAGGAUGUGUCUGCACUCUUCCCAGAUGUGCUCAAGAACAUUGCGACUGGCGACCUUGAUCAGAAGAAGCUUGUAUACCUUUACCUGAUGAACUACGCCAAAUCGCAUCCCGACCUUUGCAUUCUCGCCGUUAAUACAUUUGUUCAAGACUCCGAAGAUCCAAAUCCGCUGAUACGAGCACUGGCAAUCCGAACAAUGGGAUGCAUCAGAGUGGACAAAAUGGUGGAUUAUAUGGAAGAGCCCCUGAGGAAGACGCUGCGGGACGAGUCACCGUACGUGCGCAAGACAGCUGCCAUCUGCGUCGCCAAACUCUUCGACCUCAACCCUCAGAUGUGCAUCGAGAACGGCUUUCUGGAGGCCCUUCAGGAGUUGAUCGGUGAUCCCAACCCCAUGGUUGUCGCCAACUCAGUGACCGCCUUGUCUGAGAUCACCGAGACGGCGCCCGAGACAAGGGCACUGAUUGUUACGCCUGUGACGCUGAAGAAGUUGCUCAUGGCCCUUAACGAGUGUACCGAAUGGGGAAGAGUCACUAUCCUGACAACCCUGGCCAACUACUCUGCGUCAGAUCAGAAGGAGUCGGAGCACAUCUGUGAGCGUGUGGCACCUCAGUUCCAGCAUGUUAACCCUAGCGUGGUUCUUGCUGCUGUCAAGGUUGUUUUCAUCCACAUGAAGGCUCUCAACCCUGAGCUUGUGAGAUCAUACCUCAAGAAAAUGGCUCCUCCCUUGGUUACUUUGGUUGCUUCACAGCCCGAGGUCCAAUACGUCGCUCUGCGAAACAUUGAUCUCCUGCUCCAGGCUAAGCCAGACAUUCUUAGCAAGGAGAUGCGCGUUUUCUUCUGCAAAUACACUGACCCUCCUUAUGUUAAGCUUCAAAAAUUGGAAAUUAUGGUUAGGAUAGCAAACGAGCAUAACUACGAGCAGCUCCUCGCUGAGCUGAAGGAGUACGCUCUUGAAGUCGAUAUGGAUUUCGUCCGAAGAGCCGUUAAAGCAAUUGGCCAAGUGGCCAUCAAGAUCGAGAAUGCUGCCGAGAAGUGCGUUGCGGCCCUCGAGGAUCUCAUAUCUACCAAGGUCAACUAUGUUGUCCAAGAGGUGAUUGUCGUUAUCAAGGAUAUUCUGCGAAAAUACCCUGGCUACGAGGGUGUUAUUCCUACACUUUGCAAGCAUAUUGAUGAGUUGGAUGAGCCCACUGCCCGUGGAUCUCUCAUCUGGAUUGUUGGAGAAUAUGCUGAGAAGAUCAACAAUGCAGACGAGAUUUUGGAGAGUUUCGUUGAGUCCUUUAUGGAAGAGUUCACCCAGACGCAACUGCAAAUAUUGACAGCGGUGGUGAAGCUGUUCUUGAAGAAGCCUGGAAGCAACCAAGGCCUUGUCCAAAAGGUUCUUCAAGCAGCGACAGCGGAGAACGAUAACCCCGAUAUCCGCGACAGGGCAUAUGUCUACUGGCGUCUUCUCUCCUCUGAUCCCGAAGUUGCUAAAAACAUUGUUCUAUCUCAAAAGCCCACGAUCACGACAACCAUGACAAGCCUUCCUCCGGCCCUUCUGGAGCAGCUCCUCACCGAACUCUCUACUCUUGCUUCUGUCUACCAUAAGCCUCCUGAGUCGUUCGUGGGCAAGGGUCGUUUCGGCGCAGACGAGAUCCAGCGAGCAGCUAUCCAAGAACAGCGACAAAACGCUGCCGAGAACCCUAUCGCUGCUUCAGUUGCUGCCGCUUCAUCCAACGGAUCUGGUGGUGCUGCUCAAAACAACAUUGAGAAUUUGUUGGACAUCGACUUCGAUGGCGCCGCGCCUGCAUCCCAAGAGCAGAACAGUGCUUCAGCAACCCCCGAUAGAGUGGCCAGCCCAUCUGCUGGUGCGCCUUCAGGUGCCAUGGCUGAUAUGAUGAGCAUGUUUGAUGCGCCGGCGCAAGCCUCUGGGGCUCCAGCACCUGCUGCAGGUCCCAGCAACAACAUGAAUGACUUGAUGAACGGUUUUGAAGGAUUGAACUUUGGUGGUUCGUCGGCAGGCGAGCCCCUACCAGCAGCAAUGCAGCUACAACAGGCCCAAGGAGGAGCUCCUCAACAGCCCAAGAAGGACAGUGAAGACUUGCUGGGUCUUUUGUAG